ACCUCCUAAGCCUGUCCCAGUCUCACCCUUGUUCUUCCAACUUCUCUGCACCUGGGUUGGUUCUCUAAGCUCCUAACAGUGGGAUUAAGAAGCAUGUGGGUAUUACAGGGAGAUAAAUCAGGAUGCAAAGAUCCUUUAUUCAUCUGCUGUGAAGAAGGCAACUGGACGGUUUAUGAGAGCAACAUUCAACCCUGUUGAACGGGACAAUUGGAGGGCACAUACCUGACAGAAACACUCUAGAGGAGCCUGAAAGAGAACCAUCAGACACCCAAGGACCUCAGAAUGAGUGACAACACUACUACUUUGGCUCCACCAGCUCCAAACCAGGGUCCCACUACCCCACGCAAAGGGCCCCCCAAGUUCAAGCAGAGGCAGACUCGCCAAUUCAAGAGCAAACCUCCCAAGAAAGGUGUGAAAGGGUUUGGAGAUGACAUUCCAGGCAUGGAGGGGCUAGGAACAGAUAUCACAGUGAUUUGCCCCUGGGAGGCAUUCAGCCACCUGGAAUUGCACGAGCUUGCUCAGUUUGGGAUCAUCUGAUGCACCCAAGGUUCUGGCACUCUCAACAGCAUCUGUCAUAAUUUUGAUUACUUUUGCCCUAUUGAUCUUCCAGAGUCUUGAAAUUCAGCUGUCGGAAGUGGUUUCUUCAGCUCACACAGUCAUUUCCCCUAAAUUGCUAUGAAGAGUUUCUCUUAGUGUCAGACUCUCUCUUGCCCUAUAGUUCAGCUCAGUAUAGUGGAUGCAAAUAGACUUUUGUUAGGGCAUUUCAAAUUUUACCACCUUUUCCUAUCAGCUGCUUAGAAUUCAGUGAUAGUUCUCUACAUUUUAUCUAUCAAGUCCUUCAAAUUUAGUUUUGCCAGGCAGUACCUAUAAUUAGUAGUAGCUUUUCAGAUAACAUUUAUGUCACCCCCUUCCCUUUCUCAUUUAAUAAAGGAGAUACUUACCUUGAAUCUUAUGAUGAACAUGUAUUAAAUGCUAUGUGCAAAUAUCUGAUCCCCUCUUCUGAAAGCCAGUUCAGAAAAGAGUGCACAGUCACACAGGAAAUAAGCACAGUGCACGCAAAAGAGCACAGGAAUAAGAGUCAAGUUCUGAUUCUGCUUUGUAACUUGUAAAUCAUACAUUUUCCAUGUCUAAAUUUGGAGAUUUAAACUCAGGAAUCUGUUAAUGUGAAUCUUCCUUUUAGUGUCUUGGCUCAGUUGGUUGAAAAUAUUUAUACGCUACAAAAUUUAAACUCAGAUGGGACAGGUAGUUGAACCCUCUAAAUAAAAAGAUGGUUUGCUUCA